CAUGAUUCUUGAACCAAUAUAUUUGUGCAUCAAGUCAUUCUGUCUUUCUCUGGCCUAGUUUAUUCUUUUUCAUUUUCUUGAUCACUCCAUCACAUGGGGCUCUCUUCAGUUUCUAGCUUUUCACUUGGAACUAAUCCAUUUAUAUCAAUUCCCCAUAAUAAUAAUAAUAAUCUCAAGGUCUCAUCUUACUGUUGUAAAAGCAAGAGCAGAGUAAUCAAUUCCACAAACUCAAAGCAUUGCUCCCCCAACAACAACAACAACAACAACACCUCUAACAAGACAACACAUCUUCUUGGGUUGUACGGACAGAGCAGAUGCUUAUUAAAACCUUUAUCAAUUUUCAGCUGCAAGGACCAAAGGGGAAAUUCAAUUAGGGCUUCUGCACAAAUUGAAGAUCGACCUCCUGAAUCUGGAAAUCUUUCGGCACUUACAAAUGUUAAAGACUUUGUAAGUGUAUGUUGGGAGUAUGUACGACCAUACACAGCAAAAGGAGUUAUUAUAUGCUCUAGUUGUUUAUUUGGAAGAGAAUUGUUGGAGAACCCAAAUCUAUUUAGUUGGCCUCUAAUUUUUAGGGCACUCUUGGGAAUGUUGGCUAUACUAGGCUCUUGUUUUUAUACAGCUGGCAUCAAUCAAAUUUUUGAUAUGGAUAUUGACAGGAUAAACAAACCAGAUUUACCACUGGUUUCAGGGCGUAUUUCAGUGGAAUCAGCUUGGUUAUUGACAUUAAGUCCUGCAAUAAUUGGCUUCAUAUUGAUUCUUAAAUUGAACUCAGGACCACUCCUUACUUCUCUAUACUGUUUGGCCAUUUUGAGUGGGACUAUCUAUUCUGUUCCUCCAUUUAGAUGGAAGAAGAAUCCCAUUACAGCAUUUCUUUGUAUUCUUAUGAUUCAUGCAGGCUUAAACUUUUCUGUAUAUUAUGCCUCUAGAGCAGCACUUGGACUUGCAUUUGUAUGGAGCCCUUCAUUUUCCUUCAUCACUGCCUUUAUUACAUUUAUGACUCUAACGUUGGCUUCCUCCAAAGAUCUUUCUGACAUAAAUGGAGAUCGCAAGUUUGGUGUUGAAACCUUUGCAACCAAGCUUGGUGCAAAAAACAUUACAUUACUUGGCACAGGACUUCUCCUCCUAAACUAUGUAGCAGCUAUAUCUACUGCCAUUAUAUGGCCUAAGGCUUUCAAGAGUAACAUAAUGCUGCUUUCUCAUGCAAUCUUAGCAUUUUCCUUAUUCUUCCAGGCUCGAGAGUUGGAUCGAACGAACUACACUCCGGAAGCGUGCAAAAGCUUCUAUGAAUUCAUCUGGAUACUCUUCUCUGCGGAAUACGUUGUAUAUCUGUUCAUUUAGUUUGCAUAUAUACAACAACUUGUCAUAAUUUAAUGUUUCAAACUAUAAGAACCCUUUUUGUCAAAAACAAAAAAUUAACACUAAGCCUUAUUUGCUUUUUGUCCGUCUUAUUCAAUACAAUUUUAAAUAAGAAUCGUUUUUGUUCA